CCUGACCUAGUGGUUCACAUGCACCUUUGCUUCGUAACACUGUUUGCUUCUGUGGGUUCAUGUGGGGUCGAAUCAGAUGAGGCUUCAGUGCCCUCAUUAGGCAACAGACCCAGGACUGGCACCUCACCUUCGCAUUCCUUAAAGCAACACGUUUCACACCGAAUUACUUCACAGCAUGACUCUCGGGUGAUAAAUAAAGGGGUCCAGGUGGUUUGGGCAGGGCUCAGUUGCAUCGGGCAUCGAACCCAGUUUCUUGACUCCUGUAAAAUGGAGACGGAAGCCCUGAAGGUUGUGAACAGGGGGGAGGAGGAUGAGAUGGACAUGUCCGGGUACAGGCUGUGCCGCUGGAAGCUGGCUAUCGUCGGUGUGGGGGUGGUCCUGACAGGGGGCUUCCUGUUGCUUCUCCUCUACUGGAUGCCUGAGUGGUGUGUGAAGGCCACCUGUACCAGAACCCCCAUUCGAGAGGCAGAAGUGGUGCUGUUGAGAUCUACGGAUGAAUUCAAGCGAUGGUUUAGCUCAAAGGUUCGUGUUAUGCUGGCUCCUGGGAAGAACCCUUUCCACUGUCCGGAUUCCAAAACUGCAGUGAACGGCCACACUCCUCACCCCACUGAGAACCAGACCGAGGACUGUCAGAGAAAGUACUCUGAAUACCAGCCCGUGCAGAUCCGCUAUUUCACCCUCCACAGCACGAAGUACUACUGGAAUGAUAUGAGCCAGAAUUUUGAAGUAUUAAAGGGACUGGAGGAUCUGGGAGUCAAGUGUUCUUCUGUUCAUGAUGAUCACAGCAAAGGACUGACAGAAGAUGAGCAGGAUUACAGGAGACUGUUUUUCGGAGAGAAUGAAAUUGCUGUGAAAGUGCCUUCGGUUUUUAAACUGCUAAUUAAGGAGGUCCUGAACCCUUUCUACAUCUUCCAGCUUUUCAGUGUUAUUCUGUGGAGUGCUGAUGAAUAUUACUACUACGCCCUGGCCAUUGUCAUCAUGUCAGUCAUAUCAAUAGCCGCCUCUUUGUACACCAUCAAAAAGCAAUACGUGAUGCUGCAUGACAUGGUGGUGACCCACAGUAUUGUCAGAGUCUCUGUGUGCAGAGCCAAUGAUGUGAUAGAGGAGGCCAUGUCCACAGAGCUGGUCCCAGGUGACGUCAUGGUGAUUCCAGCCAAUGGGACCAUCAUGCCCUGUGACGCGGUUCUGGUGAGCGGCACUUGUAUAGUCAACGAGAGCAUGCUGACAGGUGAAAGCAUUCCCGUCACAAAGACCAACCUGCCGAAUCCCAGCGGAAGCGCGAAGGGAACGGAGGAGGACGAGCUCUACAGCUCAGAGCUGCACAAGCGGCACACGCUGUUCUGCGGGACCAAUGUCAUCCAGACGCGCUUUUAUUCCGGGGAGCUUGUCAAAGCCGUGGUGGUCACAACUGGCUUUAGCACUUCAAAAGGACGGCUGGUGCGAUCCAUCCUAUACCCGAAACCGACUGAUUUUAAACUGUACCGUGAUGCGUACCUCUUUAUGCUGUGCCUUGUUGCGGUGGCUGGGAUCGGCUUUAUCUACACGGUUGUCAACAGCAUCAUGAACAAGGUGCCAGCCCCCACCAUCAUCAUCGAGUCCCUGGACAUCAUCACCAUCACUGUGCCCCCCGCGCUGCCUGCUGCCAUGACUGCGGGGAUCGUCUACGCACAGCGUCGUCUCAAGCGCAUCGGGAUCUUCUGCAUCAGCCCCCAGAGGAUCAACAUCUGCGGGCAGCUCAAUCUCGUCUGCUUCGACAAGACUGGAACUCUUACCGAAGAUGGUCUAGACCUCUGGGGCAUCCAAAGGGUGGAAAAUAGCAGUUUUCUUCUUUCAGAAACACAUGCCUGUAAGGAAGACCUGGUAAAAUCUCAGUUUGUGGCCUGCAUGGCAACGUGUCACUCUCUCACCAAGAUCGAAGGAGAGCUUUCGGGGGAUCCGCUUGAUCUCAAAAUGUUCGCAGCGACUGGUUGGAUUCUGGAAGAAGCAACAGAGGAGGAGACGGCCCUGCACAACCGCAUAAUGCCCACGGUGGUUAAACCACCCAAGCAGCGCCUUCCUGAAGCGGAGGAUAUGCCUUCCUACGAGAUGGGGAUUGUGCGUCAGUACCCCUUCUCCUCGGCGCUCCAGAGGAUGAGUGUGGUUACGCGGCUUCUCGGGGGGAAGCGCAUGGAUGCCUACCUGAAGGGGGCGCCAGAGGUAGUUGCUAGCCUUUGUAAACAGGAAACAGUGCCCCACAAUUUCUCAGAGGUUUUGGAAGGGUACACCAAACAGGGAUUCCGAGUCAUUGCCAUGGCCCAUCGGAAACUUGAGUCAAAACUCUCGUGGCACAAAGUGCAGAACGUCAGCAGAGACACCAUCGAGAGUAACAUGCAGUUCCUUGGCCUGAUCAUUAUGCAGAACAAACUGAAGGCGGAGACUCCUGGAGUUCUGGCAGACCUGCAAAGGGCCAGCAUUCGCACUGUCAUGGUCACAGGGGAUAACAUGUUGACAGCUAUCUCAGUGGCUCGGGACUGUGGAAUGGUUCCUCCUCAAGACAGAAUAAUAAUAGCAGAUGCACUGCCCCCUAAAGACGGGCAGACCGCUGUGAUUAAUUGGCACUAUGCUAAUAACCCCACCGAGCAUGUCAGUGCCACAGGUUCAAACCCAGAGGAAGUUCAGAUCAGGCUGGAAGAGGAGAGCUCAGGGGCUGCAUUGCACAGCAUGGAGCACUAUCACUUUGCAAUGAGCGGGAAGUCCUUUGCUGUCAUAGCAGAGCACUUCCAGGACCUGCUCCAGAAGCUAGUACUGCAUGGCACCGUGUUUGCUAGAAUGGCUCCUGAUCAGAAGACACAACUGGUCGAAGCAUUACAGAGUGUAGAUUACUUUGUUGGCAUGUGUGGCGACGGUGCAAAUGACUGUGGUGCGUUAAAGAGAGCACACAGCGGCAUCUCCCUAUCCGAGCUCGAGGCCUCCGUGGCAUCCCCGUUCACAUCCCAAACUCCCAACAUCUCCUGCGUGCCGAGCCUGAUCAGGGAAGGCCGUGCAGCAUUAAUUACCUCCUUCUGCGUGUUCAAGUUUAUGGCUCUGUACAGCAUCAUCCAGUAUCUCAGUGUCACCCAUCUUUACUCGAUCCUGAGCAAUCUUGGGGAUUUCCAGUUCCUCUUCAUUGAUAUAGCCAUCAUCCUAGUCAUUGUAUUUACAAUGAGUUUAAACCCUGCCUGGAAGGAGCUGGUCUCUGAGAGGCCUCCCUCUGGGCUCAUUUCGGGGCCCCUGCUCUUUUCUGUCCUCAUGCAAAUCCUUGUGUGCCUGGGUUUCCAAACACUGGCCUUCCUGUGGGUCAAGCAUCAGCCCUGGUACCACAAGUGGACACCAAGUUCAGAUGCCUGCAGCCUGUCCAACUACUCGCUCCAUCAGAACGAGACAAAUCACGAACACAACAUCAAGAACUAUGAGAACACAACACUCUUCUUCAUCUCCUCAUUCCAAUACCUCAUUGUAGCCAUUGUGUUCUCCAAGGGGAAACCGUUCAGGCAGCCUAGCUACAAAAACUUGGCAUUUUUAAUAUCUUCAUUUGCUCUCUCUGCCUUCAUUCUCUUCAUCAUGUUGUAUCCUGUAGAUGCCAUUGAUCAGUUUCUGGAGAUUGUGUGUGUUCCAUACCAGUGGAGAGUCACAAUGCUCCUCAUCAUUGUAGUUAAUGCUGUGGUAUCUGUCCUGACAGAGGAGGGUAUUGACCGGUGGGGGGGAAGGUUAUUUUCUUUUUUAUGCUGCCAAAAGAGAAGGGCACCCAAGGCCAAGUACAUGAAACUAGCGCAGGAGCUGCUGGUGGACCCAGCCUGGCCACCUAAACCCAAAACGACGACUGAAGCAAGGAAAGCCCCUAGCCCCGAGAACGUCUCUUACCAAAUCAUCUCUGCAACAUAGGACCGGCCUGCCGCUCAGAAAGAGAAGUGACCAAAGACCUGUUGAUCAGAAUUCAAAAUGGGAGUUGACCAGAACAUUCCCAUCCCCUCUUAGUCUUUCUGCAAAGACACAGAAGGAAAGCUCCCCACCCUACAGCUAUGGACAAACAUUUGGAUCACCUAGAAUUUUUAGGAUUGAUAUUUAGGAUAUUUUUAAAUAUAUAUAAUGCUGAUCUUUUAUUUAACAUCAUGUAAUCCAAAAAACUACUAAAUUAAAUCAUAUUGCAAGCCAUAAUAGCAGUACAUCCCGGAAGCCAUAAUGGUAGUACAGUAUUUCAUGUUAGGUUUUGAAAUGUCACAUUUUCCAAUUUGUGUCAGUUUUUUGUUAAAUGUUAGCAUUUGAGCGAGAUUCAGGGGGUGGGAGUUGGACCUGCUUAAUUCAUGUCUACCAUUACUAAUUGUCUAUUUAAGCCACAAUCUUACACACUUCCCCUGUCUAGUGUUUUCGCUUUGUAGCAAACGCUCAGACUCCGUCAUUCGUGCUUCAGCUCAACGUCUUCGCUAAUAUCUUGUUGCCUCGCUCGUUUCACUGCAGGUCACUGAUAUUCUCAUUUAUUUUCCUAUCUGCUCUGGUGAUUCUUCUCAUCAUUCAGCUUCUCUAUUUGGCUGCAGGAGCUCUAACGUUAGUCUUUCCUGCUCCAUCCAGUCUCCAGCCCAGCAACAGCGCUGAAUUAAGAGCAGCUCCGUUAGAAAGACAGACCCUCAGUUAAAAUUUUCAAAGCUCCGCAGACAAGACAGACAUUCCCGUCGUCGGUGAUUGCCUUGCCUUCGCUCUAUUUAAAUCUACCACGAAGCUUUGUCUGCUGAAUCCUUCCUUACUCCUCGCUUAAAAUCAGGCGCCCCUCCCCUACUCCCCACUCGGCUCCCACGCCCGCUCUAGUUUUUUUUUUUUCAUAGGAAAUUCAGAAGUAUGCAGUGCAAGAUAAGAGAAGAGCGUGCAGAUUAAUGUACAACGAACCACAAGACACGAAGAGCAGCAGCACACAGCUUACAGAGGAAAUGACAGAGUUGGAAUUAUUUGCCAGCAUUCUUUAUCUCUAUUUAAUUUUUUCAGAAGUACUGUACUAAAAUGGUGCAUGACAUCACUCAUUACUUAAAAAGCAGCGGCCUCUAUACCCAUCAGAUACCUGGUCUAGAAAUGACCUGCAAUAUGUAAUUACAUUUUCCAGCGAGAGAUAAAAAAAACCCCAUGUAUAUACAGCAAGAGCUAUACUGUAUAGAGUGUAAAUGAAGAUCCCAGGUGACUGCUAUAGUAUUCAGUAACUGCAGUUUACAGAUCCAUUGCUAUUUAAAGUAAGUGGUGGUCAUCCUGUUUGAGAGCUUUGCAUUCAUAUUUUGCCAUUUUUCUGUACCUAGUAUGAACACUUUUAAGCACAAAAUGGACAAAGGCUGUAAUGCUUUGCAUCUUAUUUAGUUUUUUUUUUUGUCUAGUUAAAGCACAUUUCUUUUAGUGUUUCAUAUAAGCCUAAAACUGUUUGUUUCUGCAGCUUAAAAGUAAACUGUUCUGGCCAGAGUUAUCUCGACUGCCAAUUGAAUACAUUUAUCUUUUGUUCCAUGAGUAAUAAAAACAAGCCUAGCAGAAUGCAUUUCUUAACACUUGAACAAUUUUAGUGAAUAAAUGAAAUCAGUAUUUGGCUUGGUUCUUUUUAUCUUAGUCAUGACUUUGAAAUAAAUAAAUGCUUCUCUUUUCUAUGGAAAAUCCUAGCUGGUAUGGCUUUGUAUUUUCCAAUCAAAUCUUUAUCAAUUACUAGGUUUUAAAAAAAAAUUCAGUGAUGUAAUGGCUUGUCCUAGUAUUAACAGGUCAUUUACUGUUGCUCUUCACUCGUGCUGCAUAGUAAUGCUAACUAUUUCAAUUGGAGCGCUGAAGGUUGUAGUAGCUGAUGCUGUAAAGCCUUGGUCUCUCUUGCAGCUGAAUUGUCAACUCUGUACGACAUUGGGAUCAUGGUAAUGUGAUUUAAACUAAUUCCCUGAGUUGUUGUGCAUUAGUGGUUUGUUGCAAACAUAUUGCCAGUUGUUAGGAAAAACAUGUUCGUUUUUCAUUUGGGGUUUAUGUCUUUUAUCUAAUGAAACCGAACUAAAAAGGGUGUACCAUUAAAUUCUGCUGCUUUUAUUUCAAA